UCACUGCCCUGGAAAAACUAUUUGAAUUACCUAUAGUCAUCGAUGGUAACCUGAAUUAAAGAAGCACUGCUCAUUAGAGAAUAAAAAGAUGGCUAGUAAGGAUAGAGAUAGAGAUAGGCACAGGGAUUAUAGCAGGGACCGUGACCGUGAGAGAACCCGUGACUUGCAUGCUGAUCGUCACAAAGAUAGAGGGAAAGACCGUGACAGGGAUCGAGGCAGGGAAAAAGAUCGUGAUCGAGAUAGACAUCGAGACAGGGAUAGGGAGAGAGACAAAGACAGAAAGAAGGAUAGAGAUAGAUCAAGACGAUCAUCGAAGUCACCAAUCAGAAAGUCUAAAAGCAUUAAGAAAGAAGAGGAAGAAGAGGAAGUGAAGCCUGAGAAGAAACAACCAAUUUCUCUUGAGGAGAUGAUUGCCAAGAAGAAUGCAGAGCAAGAGGCAUUAUCAAAGGUCAGUCAAUAGAUCUACAAGAAGUUUGUCAGAUAGUUGGGUUAAGCCUGAAUAGUCUCAUUUUAUUGGGCCAUCAGGUCAUGUGACCUUGAAAAUUAAACAGCUCAUUUUACUUGAGUGUUUUUGUAAACGGGAGCCCUUUGCAUAUGAUUAAAUGACAACUCAAGCUAGACCACGGUCAAAUCGGACCCCCCCCCCCUCCCCCAAAGCUUUAAAAGUGUAGCUGGAGUGAUCAACAGAUCACAGAUCACCAUUCCUAUGCAUGUACAUACAUGUAAAAAUAGUCACAUUUUAUGUAUUUCUUUUUUUUUGUCUCGCCUGCAUAUCAGAGCGAAACAAUAGGUGCCACUUUUCCAAGGAAGAGUAACGUCUCAACAUUUUUAGAAAUCAGGUGAUAUUGUGAAAUUGACAUGCCAGCUUAACUUUUCCUUAUCUGAACCAGUUAACCAAUGUGUUAGCCCAUCUAAAACAUAUGAAAAAUCAAGCAUAGCGAGUACUUUAUUUUUCGACCCCUUUGUCCAAGUCUUAACCGGAAUGUCCCAAAUGUUCACAUAAUAUUAUUUUAUAAUCACAUUUGAAGUAUAUACUUGUAACAAUUAUUGACCUAACAUUUCAAUAGACAAUUAUCAAAUUAAAAAUUAAAAUAUAAAUAAUUGAAAGGGAGGGAGGGAGGGCCAACUGAAGAAAAGCAGAGCUUGUACACGUAUAAUGUAGGCCCCACUGAUUUUGUAAUUACGUGUUUAUAGCAACCAAAUUGUUAUAAAUAUUUUGAAAAGCAACAAUAUUUACAGUUACAGAAUACUUUAUAAUACAAAUCAUGUGCAUGAUAUUAAAAAAAAAAUCAUAUAUAGUGUAUACAGUGCAAAUAGUUAAAGUUUUGCUAAUUAGCACUUAAGGUUUGAUUUGUAAUUGAUGAAUUAAAUUAUCUAGUAGUCUUUCAGAAGAAUGCAAUUUAAGUCCUUUUUUUUAUUGAAAAUUUGUAUAGAAUUGCAUUGUUUUAUAUCAUUUGUAAAAGAAUUCCAUAGUUUUAGGACCCAUAAAGAAUAAAAGUUUUUUGAGCAAAUGAUGUUAUAUUUAGUGGUAAAUGUCAAUAUGUUACUUGGCGAGUGAAGUAACUAUAAAUCAAACUAUUAAAAAAAAAAACAUAUCAAUGAGAGGCAAAGGCAGUUGUAGUGUUUGAACAUAAACUGCCAAGUUAAAAAGUGUACAAUUCUUUAAUUUUUAGAGUUUUAUUUUUCAAAAAUAGAUUAUUGUAUGUGCCCCAAAAUCUGCAUUAUUUAUUACACGGAUAACUCUUUUUUGCAAUAUAAAUAGUCUAUCAAUUAGCCAAUUUGUUGCCCCAAGCAAUAAGUCUGUAAUUUAAUAAGUAAGGGAGGAUUAAUGUAGAAUACAAGGAACACAAUAGUGUGUGGUAGGAAUGUUUUUAAUUUUGAUACCAAGGAUGCCAGUAUUUUGAGCAAUGAUUUUGCAGACAUUGUCAACGUGUGGUUUCCAAGAAAGCUUUUCAUCUAUGAUUAGUCCAAGGAAUCGAGUUGAUCGGACCCUUUGGAUGACAGUACC